AUGAAGGAGAGGCUGUCUAACGAUCAGACGUGGUGUACGCCAAUACCGCACGACAGGAAGGUGUCGACGGUGCGGGAUUUUUAUCAGGCGUUCCACGAUGCGAGCACGUUGCCGAUACGGACCUGCAUGAUGUGCUACCGCAAGCGGCGGCCGCUCACCAUUUUCAUGCCGGAGCUGCUUUCCCGAAGGCGAGCCCGUGGACUCACGCUGGUCGAAGAGAAGCUCGUCUCGCUCAACUCCUGCUAUGGGUUUGCACGUCAGGGCCACAUCACAGUGUUUCCCAACAACGUGCAGGAGCUGGCGACCAGGUGCUCCCGCACCCCUUUGCAAGCACUGGACGAGAUCCACGUUUCGUGGCAGGGCGUGGAGAAGCCGGCACCGAGCGACCUGUCGAGUCUCUUGUCGGUGAGGCGGCGGGUCGUCGAGAGGGCUCUUGUUUGGCUGAAGAGGAGCAACCCCCACUACGCCGAGAUCGAGAUCGACGUGGCGGAGAUGGAGAGUUGGGGAGACCCGAUAGACGGGGUGCCGGCCUUGGUGUAUGAUCGCAUGGAGCGGAACGAGCCGUCCGCAUGGGAGAAAACGCGGACGGCGCACGUUGUGCCGCCCACGGAGCGCGCCAUGGACGACGAGGGGUCGGUGGAGAUCGAGGAACUCUUCGCUCUGCUCAACCAAAGGCAGGAAACGGGAGGCGAGGCUGAAGGGCACGGGCCCAACGAAGAAGGCGCGGGUCGUGAUGGAGUUGGUGCUAGCCCCGAUCAGAACGUUCGACCAAUCAACGAGCUGCGGUUUGCCUGUGACGCUGUUGGCGCAGGUGCCGACGACGGCCGCGCGGGCCCGAGAACGUGGGUCGGAUCCUCGGUGGGGGGGGGUCGAGGGCGUGGCGACGAUGGCAGUGAGCCAUACAUUCGAGUCUCGCGGGGGGAUGAGUUUGCCGACUCCUUUGAGACGUCCUUCUUCGCCAGAACGUUCCCGACCCUGUUCCCAUUUGGCGUUGGGGGACCAAGGCUGGCCGAAGAGGCCAUAGCCGAGGCGGGGAAGGCCCUUACCAACUUGCGAGGCACCGGUAGAGCUGCUGAGGCAGGGGCGGCAGCGGGAGACAUCGUAUCCUCCCGAAGCUUGAACCUCCGGAUUUGGGCCGACAUCGUGCUCCGGCGCCAUGGUGGCCGGUUUGCGUUGCACCACAUAUUUGCAUUUCUCGUCUUCAACAUGGGGGUGCGGUCGAGGAACCGCCGCGUCAGCAUGCUGAGUGUGGCGAGGAAGGACUUCGGCAAGGUCGAGCGCGUUGCCCGCUCGAUGACCGCGCAAAGGUUAGCGGCGGCGAGGGUCGAGUUGGAGAGCUCGGGCAAGACGACCGAUGAGGGCGUGAAGGAGCUUCUCAGGAGCCUCUCGCUGUACGGCCACCGGCAACCCAUGUCGAGAGAGGUUCGGCUCAAUAUGCGGCGGAAAAUCCAGUCGCUCAUCGUUGGCUACGGCGUUCCGGCCAUCUGGUUCACCAUCAACCCAAACGACAUUACGAACCCGGUGAAGCUGCGACUGGCGGCAUAUCGGACACGCGAUCCCGGCGCGGCCGAGGAGUUCCUAGAAGGCCUUGGGAGUGCGUACAAGCGGACAAGGCUGGCCAUGUCCGAUCCGAUGAGCGCCGCCGUAUUCUUCCACCGGGAGAUGAAGCUGUUCUUCGAUCAUUACGUGAAGGUCGGAGAAGAGUCGGUAUUCGGGCGCAUCGGCAAGUACUAUGGCGCUGUGGAGACCAACGAACGAGGGCGCUUCAUGUUCACGGCUUGCUCUGGUUGCACGGAAACGCGCAUCUCAGCUCGAUGCUUGCCGACAUCCACGGGGAGGAUCAGGCGGCGUAUCGCGAGCGAAUCAUACGAUACGUCGAUAGUGUCUUCUCCGAGGAUCUGGAUCAGGAAGGGUUCUGCGCCGUGCAAGCGGAGCGAUCUGUGA